CACACACACACACACACACACUCGAGCUACUCACACCAGACAGUUACUGCUCUCGGAAAAUGCAGGCGAUUUCUGCAUCUCUCUCCUCACCGUCGCCGGUUGCCAGAUUCGCCAUCAGCAACCCCGGUGACGUGCAUCUGCCGGCGCCUCCUCGCUCUUUCCGGUUCUGCGGUCUCCGUAGGGAGGCGUUUGUUCCGAAAACGUCGUUGGACCGGUCGUCCCUGCGUUCGCCCCAAUUGAAUUUGCACGCGAGGCGUCUGAAUCGUGGCAGAGUAUUUGCGGCAUUGAAAGGCGAUGGGACGCCGUCGUCCGGUGGAUUUGACUACGAUCUCGUGAUUAUCGGAGCUGGAGUUGGCGGACAUGGCGCGGCGCUUCAUGCUGUUGAGAAGGGCUUGAAAACUGCAAUCAUAGAAGGGGAUGUAAUUGGAGGAACAUGUGUAAAUAGGGGCUGUGUUCCGUCGAAAGCACUUCUUGCAGUCAGUGGUCGUAUGAGAGAGCUUCAAAAUGAACACCAUAUGAAGUCUUUUGGUUUGCAGGUUGCAGCUGCUAGCUAUGACAGACAGGGAGUUGCUGAUCAUGCAAAUAAUUUAGCUGCGAAAAUAAGAAGUAACUUGACCAAUUCAAUGAAAGCCCUUGGUGUUGAUAUAUUGACAGGUGUUGGUACAAUCUUGGGUCCACAAAAGCUAAAAUAUGGAAAAGGCGAUUCUGGAGACAAGACCAUAACCGCAAAAGACAUAAUAAUUGCUACUGGCUCCGUCCCGUUGGUGCCCAAGGGAAUUGAAGUUGAUGGUAAAACAGUUAUUACUAGUGACCAUGCUCUGAAAUUGGAAUUUGUUCCACAGUGGAUUGCUAUUGUUGGAAGUGGCUAUAUUGGGCUAGAAUUCAGUGAUGUAUACACAGCACUUGGAAGUGAGAAAGCUUCUGUUUCCCCAUCUUUGAUGAUCAUGGCUUCGCAACUUCUGAGGGUCAAUUUGAACUACUUGAAAAGAAAUCUACGAGUUACAUUUAUAGAAGCUUUGGAUCAACUCAUGCCGGGCUUUGAUCCUGAGAUUGGUAAAUUAGCUCAACGACUUCUGAUCAAUACUCGCAAGAUUGAUUCUCACACUGGUGUAUUUGCUAGCAAGAUCACUCCAGCAAAGGAUGGAAAACCGGUACAAAUAGAGUUGAUUGACGCAAAAACAAAGGAGCCAAAGGACUCUUUAGAGGUAGAUGCAGCUCUUAUUGCCACUGGAAGAGCCCCAUUCACUCAGGGACUUGGUUUGGAAAAUAUAAAUGUGCAAACACAACGAGGAUUUGUCCCUGUUGAUGAGCGUAUGAGAGUAAUUGAUGCAAACGGGAAGCUGGUUCCUCAUUUGUAUUGCAUUGGUGAUGCUAAUGGAAAACUGAUGCUUGCCCAUGCAGCAAGCGCGCAAGGAAUUUCUGUUGUUGAGCAAGUUUCUGGGAAUGACCAUGUUCUGAAUCAUUUAAGCAUUCCAGCAGCAUGUUUUACUCACCCAGAAAUCAGUAUGGUUGGACUGACUGAGCCUCAAGCAAGAGAUAAAGCUCAGAAGGAAGGUUUUGAAGUAAGCAUUGCCAAGACAAGUUUCAAAGCAAACACAAAAGCCCUCGCCGAAAAUGAAGGGGACGGACUAGCCAAGGUGAUACAUAAUUAG